AUGGGAAAGGGCACGCCCGAGCCGACAGACGGACAAGUUGUCAUGCAGGCUACUCUGCGAGGACAUAUCUCUUUCGCGUUAUCCGUGCUCCUGCCUUUUGGUGGUGUCUCGUUGAAGGCUCUUCGCUUGCACCUGGAGUGGAGGUUAGGAUCUGGCCUGAAGGACCGGAAGCUGGAAAUCAGACGACUGGCGGAGUUGUCAUUACAGCAGACCCAGCCGAUCCUGUGUGCCGGGGAUUGGGAGCCAAUUCCUUGUGGAUCGCAUGUUGCCGAUCGUGGCCGAUGCCUCUUUUCUGACUUGAGUGACCUGCAAGCAGAUGGUCAGUGGCAUGAUCGCCCUGUCAUUGGGAACACAUGCUGCAACCACCUCGGCUGUGCCUGCUGGGAGCUUUUUUGCUUCGAGCACGGCAUCCAACCUGAUGGAAAGAUGCCUUCGGACGGGCUGAUCGGUGGUGAAGACUCCGACUCUGCCGUCUUAGCGUGCUGCAGUGAGACUGGUGCUGGCAGACAUGGGCACUGCUGUUCAAUGGUGGGUUUCGAGCCAGCAGUCGCCCAUGAGGCACGCCACCAGACGACCGAUCGCAUUCUGGAGAACAUUGAGGCCGUGCGGGCCUGCAGGGCGACAGGACGGGUCAAGCGGUUCUCCACCGACUUCGUUGCAGACGUUGAUGACAGUCCUGCGUGCUACUGA